ACUCCUUGUUUUCACUUCCAUUGUUCGCUUUUUUGGCUCUCAGCUUUUUCUUGCCUGAAAUUUAAAUUAUAUGGAAACAGAUUGCAUUAAAAAUUGUAUAUAAAGUAUAGUUUAAAUUAACUGCACGCCAGAAUGCCGAUCAACCAGCAAGUGGUGGAGCCGCAGUUAGACAGCCAGACUGCUGAGGAUCAGGGGGAAGAGGAGGAGCAGCCGGAAGACGAGAACCGACUGGAGAAGUUUACGGUGAGGCUCAAUGGACAACAUGACCUGGAGCAGCGCUUGAAGGAUUUCAAAGCGGCCUGCGAGGCUCAUGAAAAGCAUGCUAGGCGGCGAAAGCGGAGACGCUACUACCAUCUGGGUCUGGUGGCCAAGCUGGUGACGGAAACCACCCACGACGAGCUUCGCCGGAUGCUGGAAAAUGGGACUUAUACCUUCCACGUCGAUACGGUGGCCAACAAGCCCGACGAAUUGAAGGCCAUUUUGGACACCAUGAACAUUGCCAUUGCGGCGCACACUGAGGAAAGGGAACUUCGCUUAACCACCGGCUUGGCCCUGGAGAUUAAUGGCGAGUGCUGCCGCGUUGGCAGGCUAAGGAACAACUGCACCGUGAUGCUGGCACGAGGUGGAGUGGUCACUCUCACCACCGAUGAAGCCUACCGCUACAAAGGCUACAAGGAGAUCGUCUACGUGAUAAAUCUGCGGGCUUAUCUCGCCUCUGUCCAGCUAGGCGACAUUGUGCUGAUCGGACGGGAAGUUAGGGGUCGGGUGGUGAAGACCCUCCGCGAAGCACUGACCGUGAUGAUCAUUGAUGCUGGACUGGUGGCCUCCUACGACUUUAUAGAGCUUCCCAGACAGUGCCACAGUCUGGAUGCCGAAGUGUAUCCCGAUCUGUAUAUGAAAGACCUGGAAAUGGCCGCGUCCAUGAACGCCAACUAUGUGGUUCUGCCCAAAAUUCGAUGCAAGAGCUUUCUUCGAGCCAUCCGGCAGACCCUUAACUCUGGCUUCAGCCUUAAGUUGAUCGGAAUGAUCGACUUUGAGUAUGUGCGAAGCAACAUGCUGGAUCUGCUGGGCAUCAUAAAGCUGGUAGACUACAUUUGGAUUCCGGACAUGUUCAACGUUAACUGCUGUGUCUACAACUACAUUAUGGAGGACGUGCUGCCCAUUUCGCAGUGCCAGAAGAAGCCGGUCAUUGGCACGGUACCGCUGGAGCGUUGCAGCGAUUUCAAGCGGUUUGAGUUGCAUGAGUUCCUGUGGAAGGUCGACGCCAUCCACAUCCAGAAGAGUCCAUGGUGCAACAAAUAUCCGCUGAUUGUUAAGAAGCUGAUGCCCAUUAAGGACUAUCGAGUUGGCGUGGUUCAAAACAAAAUGGUCGUCAAGAAUAUCCUGACUUCAUACCAGACGGUAGUAAAUUUUAUCAUUCGGACAAUCAGCUCUAUUGAGUGCCAGGCCAUAUUUUUGUUCACCAAGUGCGAGACCGCCAGCGUGGCCCUUUCCCGCGUUGAGAUCUACUGCCCGGUGUAUAUGAUGAUGCCGCUGGAGGACACAGACGAUGCGGAGACCAUUACCUGCAAGGUGGAGCUGGCUCGAGCGCUUCACUUGCGCCGAAAUAUGCACCCGGUUCUUUACACCAAGGAGCUCAACGAGUGCAACUACAGUCCCAUUGAGUUUGGAGUGGAUUUCAUGCGGAAGAAGGGCUGCUUGGAGGUUGGCGACUUUGUGGUUACGUUGGAGGUGGGCAAGGAGGACACCGAGAACGUGGUCAUCGGCAUAGGGGAGGAUGUAUGUAUCCUGCGGGCUUUCUACGUGUCACCACUCUUCGCCUGCGAGAAGUUCAAGUACGGUGGCUAACUUUCCGGCGUGCAGUUGUGCAGAUAACACAGAUUAACCAACUCUAAAUUAAAUGUAACUUAUGCCAAA